GUCCCCCCCCCCCCCCCAUAUUUUUGGGGGUGCCCCCCCCCCCCCGCCCCCAAAAAUGUGGUGCCUGCAGUGCACGGCCGACCGGCGGCGGGGGCCGCUCCGGCAGCGGCUGCUGCACGGCGUGGACGGCGAAGCCCCGGGCAGCGAGGGGGGGGGGCCGGUGCCCGACAGCCCCGGGAGACCCCCCCCCUACCGGGGCCUCCCCAGCCGGCGCCCCAAGGCCCGGGGGGGGGCCGGGGGCGGCCCCGGGGGGGGCUCCUCGGGCGUGGCCUGGCCCCGGCUGCCCCCCCAGCCGGCCAGCGUGGCCCUGCGCAAGCAGGAGGAGGAGGAGGAGAGCAAGAGGCCGAAGGCUCUGAGCGACAGCUACGAGCUCUCCACCGACCUGCAGGACAAGAAGGUGGAGAUGCUGGAGCGCAAGUACGGCGGCUAUUUCCGCUCGCGCCGCGCGGCGCGGACCAUCCAGGCCGCGUUCCGGCGCUACCGCAUGGCGCAGAAGUUCGAGCGGCUGCGCAGCGAGGGCGGCCGGGCGCGGCGCCUGGCGCUGCCGGGGCUGCGCCUCCAGUUCUCCUUCGAGGAGUACGACCGCGCGCCGCCCCCGCCCUACUUCCAGGGCAAACCGGCCUCGCUGGACGAGGGCGUCCUGGGGGGGCCGCGGCGCGCGCCCCGUUACGGGGGGUCCUGCCGGGCCGGCCUGGAUGGGGGCGGGGGCCCCCCCCGGCAGCUCUCGGCUUCGGCCGAUUUCGGGCCCGGAGGCGCCGACCUGGAGGAGGCGUUUGCGCAGCAGGUGAAGUCCUUGGCCGCCUCCAUUGAUGAGGCGCUGGGGGGGGGUCGCGGGGUCCCCCCCGGCGCCCCGGACCCGCCCGCGGGGGACAGCGCGGCCACCUCCGCCAGCGACGUCACCCUGUACCUGGACGAGGGGCUCCCCGGCUCCCCCCGCUCCCCGGAGAGACCCCCCAGCCCCGAGCCCCCUCCCGACACCGGGGGGCCGCCGCCCCCGCCCGCCCCACCGCCCCCCCCGCCGCCCCCCGCCAACCCCCCCGGCCCGGCCGAGCGCUGGGGGGGCCCCGAGGAGCCCCCCCGGAGGGGCCCCCCGUGCCUGGAGUGCCGGGGGCGGGGGGCCGGGGGGGGACACCCCCCGCUGCUGACGGUGGAGCCCCCGAGCGACAGCUCGGCCGACCUGAGUGACCGCUCGGACCGCGGCUCCAUCAACCGGGGGGGCCCCUACGAGCCCGAGGGCACCGGGGGGGGCACCUUACCCCGCUCCGGGCCCCCACCGCUGCUUCCACCCCGAGGGGCCCCCCCCCGCCGCCCCCCGGCCCCCCGCCCCCCGCCCGCGGCCGAGGAGGGCUCCGAGGGGGACAACGAGAGCCUGGGCAGCAGCUCCAACUCCAACGAGACCCUCAACUGCUCCUCGGGCUCCUCGUCCCGCGACAGCCUGCGCCGGCCCCCCCCGCCGCCCCCCCCGCCGCCCACCGCCCCCCCGCAGCCCCCCGGCACCGCCGGACCCCCCGGCAAGGCCACGUACCAGCGGGAGCCGCGGCAGAGCUGGGACUCGCCGGCGCUCAACAACGACGUGGUGCAGCGGCGCCAGUACCGCAUCGGCCUCAACCUCUUCAACAAGAAGCCGGAGAAGGGGAUCCAGUACCUGAUCGAGAGGGGGUUCCUGUCCGACACCCCCGUGGGCGUCGCCCACUUCAUCCUGGAGCGGAAGGGCCUGAGCCGGCAGAUGAUCGGCGAGUUCCUGGGCAACCGCCAGAAGCAGUUCAACCGCGACGUCCUCGACUGCGUGGUGGACGAGAUGGAUUUCUCCGGGAUGGAGCUGGACGAGGCCUUGCGGAAGUUCCAGUCCCACAUCCGGGUGCAGGGGGAGGCGCAGAAGGUUGAGCGCUUGAUCGAGGCCUUCAGCCAGCGCUACUGCGUGUGUAACGCGGCCCUGCUGCGCCAGUUCCGCAACCCGGACACCAUCUUCAUCCUGGCCUUCGCCAUCAUCCUCCUCAACACCGACAUGUACAGCCCCAGCGUCAAGGCCGAGCGCAAGAUGAAGCUCGAGGACUUCAUCAAGAACCUGCGAGGGGUGGACAAUGGCGAGGACAUCCCCCGGGACAUGCUGGUGGGCAUCUACCAGCGCAUCCAGAGCCGCGAGCUGCGCACCAACGACGACCACGUGUCCCAGGUCCAGGCCGUGGAGCGCAUGAUCGUCGGCAAGAAACCGGUGCUGUCCCUGCCCCACCGGCGCCUGGUCUGCUGCUGCCAACUCUACGAGGUGCCCGACCCCAACCGGCCCCAGCGCCUGGGGCUGCACCAGCGCGAGGUUUUCCUCUUCAACGACCUGCUGGUGGUGACGAAGAUCUUCCAGAAGAAGAAGAUCCUGGUGACCUACAGCUUCCGGCAGAGCUUCCCGCUGGUGGAGAUGCACAUGCAGCUCUUCCAGAACGCCUAUUACCAGUUUGGGAUCAAGCUGCUGUCGGCGGCGCCGGGCGGCGAGCGCAAGGUGCUGAUCGUGUUCAACGCCCCGAGCCCCCAGGACCGGCUGCGCUUCGCCAGCGACCUCCGCGAGUCCGUGGCCGAGGUGCAGGAGAUGGAGAAGUACCGGGUGGAGGCGGAGCUGGAGAAGCAGAAGGGCGUGGCGGGGCCGCGGGGCGCGGGCCCCCCCCGCGAGGCGCUGAACGGGCUCAGCCGGAGCAGCCUGGAGGAGGCGUUCGGGGCCGAGGGGCUCAAACGGAGCGCCCUGAGCAGCUCCCUGCGGGACCUGUCCGACAGCGGCAAGCGGGGCCGGAGGAACAGCGUGGGGUCCCUGGACAGCACCAUCGAGGGCUCCAUCAUCAGCAGCCCCCGGCCGCAGGCGCGGGGGGGCCCGGGCGGGCCGGGGGGAGCCCCCGAGGGGGGCUACAAGCCCCCGGCCCGGCCGGUCUCCAACUCCUCGUCCUUCCUGGGCUCGCUCUUCGGCAGCCGCCGCGGCAAAGGCCCGCGGGGCCCCCCCCCCGGCGCGGGGGGUCCCACCUCGGCCUCGGCCUCCUCCUCCUCGGCGUCUUCCUCGCACCACCACCACCACCCGCCGCCCGCCGCGCCCCCCGAGGGCCCCUCCAAGCUGCAGGCGCUGCACGCCCAGUACUGCCACGGGCCCGGGGGGGCCGCGGCGGGCGCGGGGGGGGGGCCCGGGCCCUCCGCCGCCCCCCCCGUACCCGCAGCAGCCGCCCCCUCCCAGCCGCCCCGCGCCCCCCCCGCCGCUGCCGGCCAUCGCCGCCGGGGCCCCCCCGCGCUUCCACGGCGGGCCCACCCCCCCGUUGUCGGCGCCCCCCCCAGCAGCACGGCCCCCCCGGCGGGGGGUUCCCCCCCCCCGCACCCCCAUUACACGCUGCACCGGCCCGGCAAAAGGGGGGGACCCCCGCCCGGAGCCCCCCGGCAGCCGCUGUCCCCCCUGCCCCUCUACAGCCCCGCCCCCGCCCACCACGGGCUGUCCCACGCGUACCCCCCCGGGCCCCCCCCGCACCACCACCCCCCCGCCGCCCCCCGCCCCCGCCAAGCACUUCGUGUUCGGGGGGGGGGGGCGGCGGAGUGGGGGGCCCGGCCGGGGGGGCUUUGAGGGGGGGCGGAGGGGGGGCGGCGCCCCCUCCCCAUCACCACCAUCACCACCAUCACCACCACCACGCGCCCCCCCCACUCGCCCA